CCAGCCAAGGGAGGGCUGAUGGUCACAUGGGAGGCUGCGUGACACACACUGCUGUGGCUGCGCUAGUGUGUCCGUCUUAAAUGCUGUGAAUAUUUAACACCUCUGUGUGUAUGUGUGUGUGUGUGUGUGUGUGUAUGAGAGAGUGUGUGUGCGUGUGAGAGAGAGUGUGUGUGUGAGAGAGUGUGUGUGUGUGAGAGAGAGUGUGUGUGUGUGAGAGAGAGACAGAGAGUGUGUGUGAGAGAGAGAGAGAGUGUGUGUGUGUGUGUGUGUGAGAGAGAGAGAGAGGGGGGGGGAGAGAGAGAGAGAGAGAGAGAGAGAGAGAGACUGGAGCAGGAGAAAGGACCAGCUACCAUGUUGGGGCAAGAAUGCUGACUUCUGAUCACAGCCCAGCAUGGGAUGCCCUUCUGUGAGCAGACCAGGACUCCAGCUUGGAUGCUUCCUAGAAAUGUGACCUCACAGGUCACUUUUCUGCUCUGAGCUGUGACCGCAUCCAGUUUUACAAGUCAGAUAAAAUAGCUGUCUCUAGAGCCUACCACAGAAUAUGAGAGAAGUGUCUUGCCUAGGAGGUCAGAGGCAGGGGUCGGGACAUGACCCCAUGCCGUGUCUGUUUUGCAAAAUCAUUCCUCUCGGAUCCCAGCCCCCCAGUCCUCUCUCUCUCUCUCUCUCUCUCUCUCUCUCUCUCUCUCUCUCUCUCUCUCUCCUUUCUCUUUCUUUCAGUCUUUCUCCUUCCCUGUCUCCCUCCCUGCUUUUGCCUCUCAGUCUUUCUCCCUUCCUGUCUCCCUCUCUGUCUCUGUCUUUUUGUCUGUCUGUCUGUCUCUCCUUGUGUAGCCCAGGCUGUCCUUAAACUUCCUAUGUAGCCUAUCCCUCAAACUCCUGAUCCUCUCCGUGUCUCUCCCUUCUAUGUACAGGCAUUGGCGACCCUGUCCAGCUCUUAUCCCAUUUAAUCUGCUCCUACCCUAGACCCCCAGGGCCUGUAGAACCUACUUUUUAGUAUUUAUGUCUCUACUGUUCAGAGGGGUUGAACUGGCUUGGUCAGGCUGUUCCAGAGAUUCUCCCAGGCAGAAGUGGAACUGAAAAUAAGAGUCUUGAGGAUUCUGGGAGGUCAGCUUAGGGAAGGUGGCAAUGAGCCUGGGCCACUGGAGGAAGACAUUACCUCUUCCUAUGGCUGGAGGGACCCAGGGAGAAAUGAAGUGUUGUAGCCCCCGAACUGUGGGGCAGGUCUGGUUGGAGGCCAACCUAACUACAGCCAUAGUGGAGGGGCAGAGCUGUGGUCAGAAACACAAAAACACCAGCCCCACACCUGGCUCUCCUAAUGCCUUCUAUUGGCUGAUACUGUUCCAUUAGCAAAGGAGCAUGGGAAAUGUAGUUCAGUGACACUGAAUGUCGAUAACCUCAAGUAGAGGGCAAGCAGGAUCAGGUGUGUUGGUUAAAAGGUACAUCAAAAGCCACCAUGCAUUUGAUGAAACUGCUAAGUGCUGACGUUCAACAUACAGAAAAGAGAAACGGCGUAAAAAUGGGAGCUUUGAGGGUCAGACAUCUUGUCUUAGAGCCUUAGUUUUGACUCAAGUUAUCUGGCAGCCAGAGGAUAAAAGGGAAAACAGAAUUUUCACAAUUACACCCAAGCCUGAGAGACUUUCAAUGGGAGAAAGUUUGUCCCGUGGACCUGACAGAGGAGAGGUGGAGCAAGAAAGCCUGUGUCUCCCAUAGAGACAUAAAAAUGGCUCACGAUAAAAGCUGAAGCUGGAAACUGAGUGGUUGGUACAUUCCCAGUAAUAGCAGCUCUUAGGAAGUGGAGGCAGCAAGAUCUGGAGGGUCAGGUGGGAGAGCUGGCUCAGAGCUUCCAGAGGUCCUGAGUUCAAUUCCCAGCAACCACUUGGUGGCUUGCAACCAUCUAUAAUGAGACCUGGUGCCCUCUUCUGCUGUGCAGACAUAUAUGCAGGCAGAACACUGUGUACAUAUGAAUGAAUGAAUGAAUUUUAAAAACCCAGAGGGUCAGGAGUUCAAAGCCAUCCUUGGCAACGUAGCAUGUUCCAGGCUAGCAUAAGCUACUUGAUACUCUGUCUUUAAAAAAAAAAAUCAAGUAGGUGUGGUGGUAUAUGCCUUCAUUCCCAGCACUAUGAGUCAGAAGCAGGUGGAUAUCUAUGAGUUCAAGGACAGCCUGGUCUACAUAGUGAGUUCCAGGGCAUCCAGGGAUAUACAGGGAGAUGCUACCUAAAAAGAAAUGAACAAACAGAAAUCCCAGAGUUGAAGAGCUAUCUCCGUGGUCAAGAACAUCUGCUGCUCUCUUGCAGUUCCUGAGUUCAGUUUCCCGCACCCACAGGGAACAGCUCAUAACGGCCUGUAACUUCAGCGCCAGGGGAUUGGCUGCUCUCUUCUAGUACCAGGGGACCUGCAUAUACAUGGCACACACACACACACACACACACACACACAGAGAGAGAGAGAGAGAGAGAGAGAGAGAGAGAGCAUUCAUUAAUUACAUAGAGAACAUAAAGAAUACAGAGCCACACGUUUUACCCGAGGCAUCAAUGAGGGUCCUCUGGGCACCUCAAACAGAACUUGACUUACUCAGGAGAGGUUGGCAUGGCUGGUCGGCUGGAAGGGCCAGGAGUUAGCCACCAUUGGUACCCAGGAUAAUCCUGGAGAUUGAAGAACCAGCUUCCAACCACAAUGGGGGCCAGCUGCUCUUUGGAGAUGACGGAUUCCUCUACAUCUUUACUGGAGACGGCGGGAUGGCUGGAGACCCCUUUGGGAAGUUUGGAAACGCUCAAAACAAGUCAGCGCUGCUGGGCAAGGUGCUGCGCAUCGACGUGGACCGCAAGGAGCGCGGCCUCCCCUACGGUAUCCCUCUCGACAACCCGUUCGUGGACGAUCCCGAAGCGCGGCCCGAGGUCUAUGCCUUAGGCGUGCGUAACAUGUGGCGCUGCUCCUUCGACCGCGGAGACCCAGUGUCUGGCACUCACCGUGGCCGCCUGUUCUGCGGGGACGUGGGCCAGAACAAGUACGAGGAAGUGGACCUGGUGGAGCGGGGCCGCAACUACGGCUGGCGCGCUCGCGAGGGCUUCGAGUGCUACGACCGCAAGCUUUGCGCCAACGCCUCCCUCGAUGACGUGCUGCCGAUUUUCGCCUACCCGCACAAGCUGGGCAAAUCGGUCACGGGAGGCUACGUGUACCGGGGUUGUGAGUACCCCAACCUCAAUGGCCUCUACAUUUUUGGCGAUUUCAUGAGCGGGCGACUGAUGUCUCUCCGAGAGAACCCAGAGUCAGGCCAGUGGAAGUACAGCGAGGUCUGCAUGGGCCGUGGACAGACCUGUGCUUUCCCAGGUCUCAUCAACAACUACUACCCAUACAUCAUCUCCUUCGCCGAGGACGAGGCUGGGGAGCUGUACUUCAUGUCCACCGGUGUGCCCAGUGCCACAGCUGCUCGAGGGGUUAUCUACAAAGUGACCGAUCCCUCCAGACGGGCGCCUCCAGGGAAAUGUAAGAUACGCCCUGCUCAGGUGAAAGUGAAGAGUCACCUCAUCCCCUUUGUGCCCAAGGAAAAGUUCAUUCGGACGUCAGAGAGCACUCCGCGCCCCACAGCCCGCGCUCCCACUAAGGCGCCACGCCGGAGGCGCCCCACGGCUGCUCCCCCUGCGCCCACUCUGCGACCAACAAAGCCCGCAAGGCCCACCCGGCGACCAGGAGCCCGGAAGGGAGGCGGGCGACGGCGGGGACGUCCAGGUACCGCAGUUCCCGAACCUCAGAACGGCUCGGUGCGCCUGGUACGGCCCUCAGGCCUGAGCCCGGGCCGCGGCCGCGUGGAAGUGUUCAUAGGCGGACGCUGGGGCACGGUGUGCGACGACGGCUGGGACAUCAAGGCGGCCGCCGUGGUGUGUCGCCAGCUGGGCUUUGCACACGCGGUGCGAGCCGCCAAGCGCGCGGAGUUUGGCGAAGGCCGGGCGCUGCGGAUCUUGCUGGACGACGUGCGCUGCGCCGGCAGCGAGCGCAACCUGCUGGAGUGCGCGCACGCUGGCGUGGGCACGCACAAUUGCAAACACGAAGAGGACGCUGGCGUCGAGUGCAGCCACGAAGACCCGGACCUGUAGCCUUACCUCUCCUACCUGGUGGUACUACCUGGCGAGUGGAUCCUCGCCAAUGCAGCACGCAGGAGCCAGGAUGGAGGACCCAAAAGGUGGUUCAUCUGCACGUGACCUCUGUGUGUGUGUGUGUGUGUGUGUGUGUGUGUGUGUGUGUGUGUGUGUGUGUGUGUGUGUGUGUGUUGGCUGAGAUCUCGUAGCCGUCAGCACUUCGGAGAGCAGCCACUGUUCGGGAACAGCACCAGGCACCAGAACAGCAGGAUCGUGGUCUGAGAAACAUGGUUAGAAUGUGGGGCGGUGACCCAGCAGUCCUAGGCACCACAGAAACGAAUGGGCAGUCUGAGAGCCACAGAGAGGAUCUCAAAGGGCCAGGGGGUCUGUGGUCAUUUGCUGCCCACCAGAGACCAGGCUACUGAAAAGAAUCAAGUGCCCAUGAUGGAAGGUAGACUAGAGGCCCAGGAGGACCUCUGAACCUAUUUGCUGAGCCCUGCAGGCACUCUGGGGAGGCUACUAGGUCCCCUCCGUCCCUGAAGGCUGACCCUCAUCUAUUUCUGGGACAGAAGCUCCCUUAGGCUCACACUCGGUCCCUUCAGCCCUGAUUUGGGGUGGGGGCGGGGCUCUACUUUCAUCCUCCACUGUUUCUAUCCCCUCCCAGGGGAAUCCUCAUAUUCCUCAGCCUCAUGGGCUAAGUAGCCUGUGGGGCCACCAAGACGACUCACCAGAGCUGUGUCAACAAUUCAACCAUUCACAACCCUUCCCAUCCCCUUUCUUAUCGCCCCCCACACACCUGGAGGCUGGGAUACAAGGCGAGUGGAUAAAGAGGGUGGUGCCUUCAUCUCCUCUCCUGCUCUAUAGGAAGAGGGGUCCUUGUACCUGAAGGGCUUACCGGUGGCUUUGUGCCUGGUCCCUGGAAUAAGCUUUGGAUAGCUCUGGAUGGGGGUGGAGCUAGAGGAACAACGGAGUCACCAGGCAGGGAACACAGGGAAUGGCCCAUGUCAGGCAGUGUGACCAGGGCUCUAGUGCAGCUCCUGGUCCAAGCUUUGCAGGAAAAAGCCGUUCGUGCACUGCGUUCCGAUCUGAACAGUCCUGUGUAGUGUUCCAGGCAGGGCAACUGGUGCUGGCUCAGGCUCCCUGUCAUCACAGCUGAGAGUGGAACACUGCUGCCGAGGGUUCGCCUGCAAUUCUGGAGGCUGGUUGUUCUCUGAAAUAAAAAAACAAAAAAACAAAAAACCAAAAAAACUGAACUGUUAAGAAAAUGACGAAAAAGGAAAAUAACAUUUUCUGCAAAUCCGUGCUGCCCUGAGGCGCAGCAGCCGAGGAGCCUGUGUCAUCUGCGUCUCUGUAACUCGGUGCCUAGAGGGGCGUGGAGUGUCUACACAGUCUAUUCUGGUUAUUGGUGGGAGGGGGAGAUUUGGGUGUGGCGGACAGUGUGCUCAGGAGGUGCACCUGGUGUGCCAUGAGUGGCUGAGAAGUUUCUUUCAGCCUUCAGCUCCCAAUACGCCUGUGUCUACCUCUUACACCAUUAAACUAGAAGAGGGUGGGAGUUCUAGUCCUCGCUGUGUGGCUUGAGGACAGCCAGUCACUUAACUCUUCUGAGCGUCAUGGGAACAUGGAAGUAAUCGACAGGAUUUAUAAACGAACACAUGAAGGUGGCAUUACAGAUGUAACCAGCACACUCCACGAAUGGGAAGCUCAGUGGUGACUUGGGGACAACAGUGUUGGCAGCUGUGUUAGACAGGGAGGCAUGUCAUGUGGAGGGGCUGGCACUGAGGUGUCAUGGGAAGAAACAAGCAAAAGCAGAAACGUGAGCCCCUUCAAGCUAACUCGGAGAGCUCUUCCGGCUGGGCGUCAGGUCUCUCACCCACCUCGUGGAGAACCAGCCUUCAGCAGAGCUUGCUGUAUGGUAGAUACCUCAGCUGUCAAUCAUGCCAUCCUGAUGGAGCCCCCAGUACUCCCAACAUCACCAUCCCUCUCUCCAUUCCCAUCGUGGCUGGAGAUUGAUGUCCAGGGCUCUGGAGAACUGAGAUCCACUUCUCAGUGCGUCCCCAUCCUUAUCCUUCUUCCUCAGGUGGUUGCUCUAGAUCCCGCUUUGCCACAUGUCCCCAAUAGUUCCUGCUGGGAAAUGGUACCCCGUGGAGGGAUGUCCUGGCUAGUUUUUAUCGCCAGUUUAACUUUUAGCUAGAGUCACGUGAGAAGUGAGAACCUCGGGUGAGAAGACACACCCACCAGAUUGGCAUGUGGGAAAGCCUGUGGGGCGUUUUUCUUGAGUAGUGAUUGAUGAGGAAGGGCCCAGCCCACUAUGGGCGGGGCCAUCCUUGGGUCUGUGGUCCUGGAUGUUAUAAGAAAGCAGGCUGAGCAAACCACCAUGGGGAAGCAGCUGGGAGUGAGCAGGUAAGCAGUGCUCCUCCGUGGCCUCCACAUCAGUUAUUGUCUCCAGGCUUCUGAUUUGAGGUCUCGCCCUGACUUCCCUGGGUGAUGGACUCAAAUAAACGCCUUUCUCCCAAA